UUUGUGUUUGUAAUACAUGACAUGGGUUUUCCCCGAGUGAGCAUGUACUGUUGUUGAGCUCAGUUUCCUCAUCUGGAAAAGCGAGUUAAGCCUGGUAGUGAGUCGCUGUGAGGAUUAAGUGAAAUCCCUCAGGAAAACCCCAGCUCAGGGCCUGGCACAGAGGUACCACCACAUACCAACCUCAUGCCCUGGAGCAGGCCCAGCCUUGCCCUAAGCCUCCAUUUCCCCAUCUGAAAAGGAGGCUCUGAAAGCCCCGUAAUCGAGGGGUGAUUUAAAGUGUGUGGAGCACGGCUGGUGCCAGGCAGGUACUUGCUGGACAACCGCCGCUGACACUCAGGGAGGGCUGCUCUAUGUCAGGCACGGCCCAACUUGUGAUGCACUGGCCUAAUGCCGUUCCCUCAAUGCUGAGGGUCCUUUCCACGCUCCUCUGGAUGUGCCAAUGAGGCCGUGCAGCUGUGGAGUGGCAGAGCUGUGUCUAGGAGUUGGCACCCAGAGUUGCCAUGGCAACCCCCCAUCCCCAGCCAUGUGUCCAGAGCUUCCUGAGGGAGGACACUAGGCCUCUCUCUGGACCCCCUGGGAUGCCUGGUGGAUAGUAGGUGUACACUGAGGUUUGCUAAAUGGAACAGAGGCAAUGGCUCCCCAUGCAUCACCCCAAGACCCCUGAGCCCUGAAUCCCUCCGGGGCAAGCACCCUGGGUGGGCUGUGGUGGCUUUGCUCCCUUUUCCAGCCUGGUCUCUCCUGCAGCCUAUGAAUGGCCCCAGUCCCCGCUAUGCUCAGCCCCUCCUCUCCAGCAGGACCUUAGCAACCCAGGCCUCAUUGGCUUUACGUAUCCUUGGAGACAAGACACCAAGCGUGCAAACACAGGCCAGAGAACUGUGGGCAGAGUGUUUCCAACCUCCCUGCCAUGAGGGAUCUGUUCACCUUCCAGAACCAAGCCUGCUGGGAGGAGCGCCUCAGGAAGGAGGCUGCCGCCCGAGCCGCCUGGAAGGUCAACCAUGGCCACAAGUACCCCAGGGAGAGGUCCCUGCCCAGGAAGCGGCUCCAGCAGGCCCUCCUCCACUCAGCCCCGGGCGUGGGGUCCUUGCCUGCCACCAGCUCCCCUGACAGAAGGACCGGAUUGCCAGAGACCCAGGGGGUCAGGGCCCAGCCGUCCGGGACAGUGGGAGUCCCGGAGGCCCAAAGAGCAACUCGGGAGCCCGCAGGCCAGACCAAACGAGGGAGCCUGGAAAUGAGGCGGGUGCCCUCGAGCACCCGGCAGCUGCUCUUCCAAGGCCUCUCCCACGACGGCCAAGGCCGGGCCUUGUACCUCCGGGAGCGGAACCGAAAGAAGCCAGCGGAGAAGUUUUGGUAUCCCGUCUUAUCCUCCUGGGAGUACGGCUGGCACGUGGGGGAUGCUGUGAAGAACACCAGGCUUUCAAUAUAUGCCAAGUGCCAGCCCAUCACGGAAACCUUCCACAGCAAAUGUGGCGUCUUCCAUUUUCCUCGGCGAACAGACCAGCUAAUGUGAACUCCGCGGGAUUCAGAAGUGGCUCCUUCCUUUGCCCUCGUCCAGCUAGACCCUGCGGAGGGGAGAUGCUGCGCCACCCGCCCUCCCUGUGCUGGCAGCCCGUCCCUGCUGGGCACCCCGGGACUCAGGGUGGCCCACCUGCUGCCUCCAUCUGCCCUCGGUGACCGCAGCUCCUCACAGAGCUCCCACCACCAUCCCCAGCCUGUGCCACCACCAGGUCAAACCCGAAACCCAAGUAAGUGCCCUGACCGAAUCAAACCCGCCCCCCCCCCCACCCCUUGUGUACAGGCCGGCGCUCCAACCAACUGAGCCACCCCGGCCAGGGCGAUAGUUUCAGCUUUGUGGGCCAUCGGGUCUGAACCACAAAACCACCCAGCUCUGCUGUUGUAGUGUAAAAGCAGUGUGGACAGAACAUAAACAAGUGAGCAUGGCUGUGUUCUAAUAAAACUUUAUUUAAAAAAAACUGGUGGUGGGCUAGACUUGACCAUAGUAGUAGUUGGCUGAACCCUAGGUUAAAUGAAAUAUAUUAUUAAAAUUAAUUUUACUUGUUUUUUUCUUUAUUUUAAUGUGACUACUAGAAAAUUACAAAUUGGCUCACGUGGCAUCCCUAUUGGAUCUAAGCACUUUGCAAACUGAGGGAUAUUUUGUUCCCCAGGGAGAAGCCUGUGUGUGUGCGUGUAUGUGUGUGUGAGUGUGAGCAUGUGUGUGUGAGUGUGAGCAUGUGUGUGUGUGUGAGCGUGUGUGUGUGUGAGUGUGUGUG